CUGCCCUCUUUUUCGGCAGGAGAAGGUGCGGCUGCAGAGAGAGCGUCACAAGGUAGAGGAGCUGCAGCGGCAGCACGCUGAAUCACAGAUCCACCUGGACAACCAGCCUGAAUCCAUGCGGGAACGGAUGCAGAAGCAGCUUCAGGAGACAUCUGAGAUGCUAGAUGGAGCCCUGAGAUGCUAUGAAGAUCUGGAGUUCCAGCAAUUGGAGCGGGAAAGCCGGUUGGAAGAGGAGAAGGAGGCCAUCUGCCAGGCUCUGGCCGAAGAGAUCACUCAGCUGCAGAACAGCAUCAACCAAAGGAAGAGGACGGUGCAGAGGCUGGAAGGACAGGCCCGUUUGACACAGGAGCAAAUGGUGGGCGAGAGCCAGCGAUUUGCGCAAGAGAAAGGCGAGGCCGUCAGGAAUCUCAACGCGGAGAAAAAUCGCCUAAUGGACAUGGGCCCGGAGUAUUCCGAGGAGGGUGGAGAGGACUCCUCUGAAAGUAAGCAGGGUGUCACUCAGCUCACUUUCACCCAAAAGACGGACCGGAAGGUCAUUGUGUUGGGUUCCGACCAAUCAGACUCCUCCUCCUGUGUCUUCUCCGUCCGCAGUUCUGUCAAGGGAUCAAUUGGAUUGCAGAGGACCGCAAGUCUCCCCCGUAGGAGAGGAGAACACCUCACGGCCAGGACUGCACAGCGCCCCCUCUCUAUGCAUGGUGCUCUGGAUCCCAGCAUGCUGGCAGCACAGCUCUCAGGUGGGGGCAACAGGCCCUACCUAGGCAGCCCAAACCUGCAAUAUUCACGACUCAACAACCCCCUGUACCAGCUGCUGGCCGGCCAAGGAGCUGUGGGGCAGCUAGGAGGGUCCAGCCAAGGAGCCUAUAGCCUUGGGAACUGUGUCACCCAGUUGGCCGAGAUGGAACGGAGGGUGCGGGAGGCCAUGGCUGAGAGAGAGCGGCUGCUGCAGGAAAGGGAGGCCAAGAAAGCAGCUGGGGAGGCAAAACGCAUGGAGGUGCCCCCGUCCACCAAGGAUCCUAACCCAGCCGAGAUCCGGGAGCAAAAACCAGCCGCAUUCGACCUGCGCAAACACCUGGAGGCAUCGGGGCACAGUGUAGACACCUGCUCCCAGGUGCGGGUGACCAACAAGUCCUGCAAAGGCUACCUGGUCAAGAUGGGUGGCAGGAUCAAGACCUGGAAGAAGCGCUGGUUCACCUUUGACCGUCAGAAACGUGUCCUGGCCUACUAUGCAGACAAAGAGGAGACCAAGCUUAAGGGCGUCAUUUACUUCCAGGCCAUCGAAGAGGUAUACUACGACCACCUCCGCAGUGCUUUUAAGAGCCCCAGCCCCAAGAUGACCUUCUGUGUCAAGACUUACGACCGCCUUUUCUGCAUGGUGGCGCCCAGCCCGGAGGCGAUGCGUAUCUGGAUGGAUGCGAUUGUCACAGCGGCAGAGGAGAACGUUCGCUACUGAUGGGCCUCGAUUGCUGUGGACACGUGGCUCCCCAUGCUUGACUAUGGGGCCUGGCACUUCUUUCCAAGGAGGACUCCUCGGCUGUAAAAUAUGGCUCCUUCCCAGGACAGAGACUGAUGGCAAGACGGGAGAGGCCAAGUGUUUUCAUGUUCGGUCAGAAGGCCGUACGGCCUGUCUGAUCUUUGGAACAACAGGGUGGAAUCCAAGUACCUUAUAACAGGGUAAUCAGUCAAUAAGAAUGGUUGGCCGUGCCUGUUUUGUUCAUACAAAUUGCCUGAAUUCUGAUGUUUGUUUUUUAAUGGACCAGCUCAAAUGAGAGUUCUGCGUAUCCUCUCUAUCAGAAAAGACUUAGGGCGAUGUCUUGGCAGAUGGAAACUCUUCUAUAAAUAAAAGUGACUUCCACUCCGAAGGAUAAAAACCAACUUCUCUGGAACUUGUAGCUCCUGCCGAACAAAGCAAAUCAUCUGGACUUCAUGUGGAUUUUAUGAGUUCGCUGGACGUUCCAUGAGUCACAAGUAGACUCCUGCUGGUUUUGUAAACGUCAUGGCUUGCACUAGCCCCAACCAGCUGAGAUUUGGUCCUGGUUGUAACCCUUAGGAGUACAUCUUAUUUCCAUCAUUGCUACUUGUUUAGACUCGCUCAACCAUGUGGCAUUUCCACCCCUCCCCAGUAGUGUUUUUGUCACACUGCAAUCACGUGGGUUUGACUGGAUUGUGGAAGAGGUUCUUAAUAUGUGUGUUUGGGGGGGUAAAACUCUGCUGCACCCCCUAUGUGGAAAAGCAAGGCAUCUUGCCCACGCUGUAUAGACCUCCUAGUAUUUAUUGUGUGCUUCGGUCUUUCUUUCUUUUGUUGGAAUACCUGGGACACUGCUUAAAGGGGCAACCAUGUAUAAAACUGUUGGCUAUUUAUUGUGUCAACCUUUAAAGUGGAAACAGA